AUGAUUUUUCCAGUGAGAUACGGCAUUCAGAGAAUAAUAUUGAGAAGAGCUAUGUCUACGGUUAAACAUUACGAUUACUUGGUGAUAGGAGGUGGCUCUGGUGGAGUUGCUUCUUCUAGAAGAGCAGCCUCAUAUGGUGCCAAGACGUUGCUGAUCGAAGGGAAGGCUUUGGGUGGAACCUGUGUCAAUGUUGGCUGCGUUCCGAAGAAGGUUAUGUGGUACGCUUCUGACCUGGCCACCAGAGUGAAGCAAGCUCAUGAGUACGGCUUGUUCGAGAAGUUUCCAUUGGACGACGAGCACUUGCAAUUCAACUGGGAAGCCUUUAAGAAGAAAAGAGACGCAUACAUCCAUAGAUUGAACGGAAUUUAUGCUACCAAUCUGGCCAAAGAGGGUGUGGAUGUGUUGUUCGGAUGGGCUAAAUUCACUGGAGAAGGCAAAGUUGAGGUCAAGACUCAUGAUAACAAGACAGAGGUUUUUUCGGCUGAUCACAUUUUGGUUGCGACCGGUGGGAAGCCAAUAGUGCCUGAGGGAAUCCAGGGGUACGAGUACGGUACGGAUUCGGACGGAUUCUUCGCUCUGGAACAUCAGCCUAAGAAGGUUGUGAUUGUAGGUGCUGGUUACAUCGGCAUUGAGUUCGCUGGAGUGUUCCAUGGCUUGGGUUCGGACACUCACUUGGUUAUAAGGGGAGAAACCGUGCUAAGAAAGUUCGAUACCUCAAUCCAAGAGACAAUCACCGAUCAUUACGUCAACGAGGGCAUCAACGUUCACAAGUUAUCCAAAGUGGAAAAAGUUGAAAGAGACGAAGCCACCAAAAAACUCACAGUUCACUUGGACACCAAGGAAGUGAUUAACGAUGUGGAUUCUUUGAUCUGGACCGUCGGCCGCAGAUCAUUGUCAGGUAUUGGUCUAGAGAAUGUGGGUGUGAAAGUCGACUACCGCGGGCAAAUUGUUGUCGAUGAAUACCAAAACAGUUCUGUCAAUGGCAUUUAUUCUCUCGGUGACGUUGUCGGUAAGGUGGAAUUAACUCCAGUAGCAAUUGCUGCAGGAAGAAAGUUGGCAAACAGGCUGUUCGGUCCCGAGUCAUGCAGAAACGACAAGCUCGACUAUAAAAAUGUGCCCAGUGUCAUUUUCUCGCAUCCAGAAGCAGGUUCUAUUGGGCUGACAGAAAAAGAGGCCAUCGAAGAAUAUGGCCACGAGAACAUCAGAAUCUAUAACACCAAGUUUACGGCAAUGUACUACGCAAUGUUGAAGGACAAGUCUCCAACCAGAUACAAGCUGAUCUGUGCUGGACCGGAAGAAAAAGUCGUUGGCCUGCACAUUGUUGGUGAUUCUUCAGCCGAGAUUCUGCAAGGUUUCGGCGUAGCCAUCAAGAUGGGAGCCACCAAGGCUGAUUUCGAUAACUGCGUGGCCAUUCACCCCACGAGCGCCGAAGAAUUGGUCACUCUGAGAUAA